UCAGAACAGGCGAAAGUUAUUCGAUAUCAAAUACCGUCGGCUGAUGGAAACGUUUCGCGAAAACAGCCUAAAGAGGGUAUGAUCAAUAUGACUGGUAAAUCAUAUGUAUGCAUUCUUCAUGAAUAUUGUCAAAAUGUUAUACGUCGUCCACCGACAUAUCAGACAACAGUUCUUGAAAAUGAUAAAAAUCCCUAUCAAAUGACUGUGUUUAUUAAUGGUAAUCCAUAUGGAACUGGUACAGGACAAAGUAAAAAGUGUGCAAGAUUAGAAGCGGCUCGUAAGGCGCUGGAAGUUUUAAUUCCUGACUUUCAAAAGAUUGUUUGUAACAAUUCACAUCAAACAGGUCCAGUGGUUGCUUCUGAUCGUGAUAUGCAAUUGUUCGAUUCCGUUUCAGUAACUGAUCCACGUUUGUAUGAAUUAUCUGUACGUAUGGCAUUACCUACUCCAUAUAAUUUACUUGUUGAAUGUUUAAGUCGAAGUUGUGUUCCUGAGUCUGAUUUAAAAUCAAAUAUGAUAUCUCAAGGACGCAGUAAACAUUUUUUCACUUUACAGCUGAGAGAACAUACUGUUAAGGUUAGAUGUAAAAACAAAAGAGAAGGUCGUCAUUUAUCUGCUCAACAUCUUUUAGCUCGUCUUCAUCCUGAAGUGAAUACCUGGAGUGGUCUUUUGCGUAUGUAUGGUCCAGGCAGUAAACCAGACAAACGAAAUGAACUAGAAACAAUACAAGAUGCACAAAUUCAACAAAAAUCUGCUGUAAAAGCUAGUUUAAUUCGUUUACUGAAAGCUAAAAUGAGUGAAUUAGCUGACCAAUGGGAAAAGUCUGACGGAAGUUUGCACCCGAAAGGGAAGUUUUUUGUUUCACCCUAUAACCUUCCUGUGGUUGCCUUUCAUCCUGAUUCUGAGAGUGAUUUGUACAGUUCUGCACCAACCGCAUCCUCCUCUUCCCCACCUGUGCUACCACCAACAUCGGAUUAGUCUGUUUUUUGUAUAACUUUAUUUUUACUUUCCAUAUUGAAAAUUUUUUCCCGAUUUCUUCCCGGAACUGUUUGCUUAUAUUGCUGUAUUUACUAUUUUACUAUACUGAAUAAAAGUUUGACAUAUAA